AUGGGGCGGCCGUGCAGCCCACCCGCCACUCAGCUCCGUCGCCAUCUCCACCUUCUCCUCGUGCUGCGCAUCGCCGCCGCAAAGCCCACUUCAGCUCCUGUGUCGUCAACAUCGCAAAGCCACACUGGCUCGUCCCCCUCAUCGACGACGCGUCACCAACCUCGCGCUCUUGCAAUAGCCAACCCAUCUCGCCGCACACCUGCCCAAGGAUUGGCACCGUUGCCCUCCCCGCGCGCGCUGAAGCCACGAUCGUCAUCGCCAGACACCAAGGCACGACCGGUUCGUUCUACUUCCCAGGCUGGCGCAUCUGGUCAAACCCACUCUCCGGCGACUGUCGAGGAACCAGGACUGGACCGCGCCUGA